UUCGCUGCAGAAUCGUAUCAUCAUAACAUAGCGACAUCAUGGCAGCCAAAGGACCAACGACGCUGCCUCUUUAUCAGCGUUAUGUAAAUGGUGUUCCAAUCCCGCAAGGCCGUAAAACAUUACGAUUGCGGGAAAAGUAUAUAAUUUUGUUGGUGUUUAUGACAUUCACUAUAGUUUGUCUGUGUGCUUUCAUGUUUUUACCUAAUAUGCAAGAAAAGGUCUCUUUGGAUGAUGUGCGAAAUACAAUUCAUAAAGCUGAAGUAAUUUUUGUUCCCGAAGUUCGAACAGGUCCUGAUGGGGUGCCCAUUGGAAAAGAGACUUAUGAACUUGGGAAGAACGGUAAUGACAAAAAGAAUCUGCAGUCAAAAAUCUAUGAAGCAUGGGAACAACAAAAAAUGAACAAUGCAUUGUCAAGUCAAAAUAAUAUCAACAAAGAUGAAGCUGAAAAAUUAAAAGAAACAAUUCAGUUGGAAAAAAAGAAGCAAAAAGAAGAAGAAAUGAAAAGAAAACUGGAAGAUGCAAAGAAAAUUAAUAAAGAUCAUGAAGGGCAUCCUGGAGCUAGGGGUGGUGAACCUACUGAUCCAGAUGCAAAAGAAAAACGAGAUAAAGUUAAAGAGAUGAUGCAGCACGCUUGGCAGGGCUAUGAGAAGUAUGGUUGGGGAGCUAAUGAGCACAGACCAAUCUCUAAAACAGCUCACAGUGGAAGCAUUUUUGGUGCGGCUUCAUUUGGGGCUACAAUUGUAGAUGCCGUUGAUACGUUAUAUAUCAUGGAAAUGGAUGAGGAAUACAAAAAGGCCAGAGACUGGAUAGCCCAGAAUCUUAACUUUGACCAGCCAGCCGAGUUGUCAGUGUUUGAGACCAACAUAAGGUUUGUUGGUGGACUCCUCUCUGCCUAUGCACUCACUGGAGAUCAGAUGUUCAAGAAUAAAGCAAAGUUCAUUGCUGACAAAUUGCUUCCCGCUUUUGGUACUCCUACGGGGCUGCCCUAUGCCAUAGUUAACUUAAAAACGGGCUCAUCUCGGAACUAUGGUUGGGCUUCAGGUGGCUGUUCUAUUUUGUCUGAAGUAGGAUCUCUUCAUCUUGAGUUUGACUAUCUUUCCAGUGUAACUAAGGAAGACAUUUACAGAGAAAAGGUGAUGAAAAUCCGAGACUUUCUUAAAAGUGUGGAAAAACCUGAUGGAUAUUAUCCAAAUUAUAUCAAUCCUAAAACUGGAAAAUGGGGACAAAUACAUGUUAGUAUGGGAGCUUUAGGGGACAGUUUCUAUGAAUAUUUACUCAAGGAGUGGCUUCUAUCAAACAAACAAGACACAGAAGCUAGACAAAUGUAUGACGAUGCAAUGAAGAACUUCUAUGAAAAGCUUCUAGUGACAUCUAAGUCUGGUUUGACUUAUUUUGCUGAAUACAGAUCUGGCAGAUUAGAGCACAAGAUGGACCAUUUGGCUUGUUUCUCAGCUGGAAUGGUUGCCAUGGGAGCCGAAGGUUCAGCUGAUAAAGAAAAAUAUAUCAAGAUGGGGGCUGACCUAGCCAACACCUGUCAUGAAUCUUACACACGCACAGCAACUGGCUUAGGACCAGAGUCAUUCAGGUUUGAAGGUGACACAGAGGCUAAAGCCAUCAGACAAAAUGAGAAAUACUACAUUCUGCGGCCUGAAGUUAUUGAGGGCUGGUUCUACAUGUGGAGAUUAACAAAGGAUAAAAAAUACAGAGACUGGGCCUGGGAAAUGGUUCAGGCACUGGAGAAGAAUUGUCGUGUGGAAGGAGGUUAUACAGGAAUCAAGGAUGUAUAUCAGAUAAACCCCCAGCAGGAUGAUGUGCAGCAGAGCUUCUUCCUGGCUGAAACUCUCAAAUACUUGUACCUCAUAUUUUCUGAUGAUUCAUUAAUACCGUUAGAUAAAUGGGUAUUUAACACUGAAGCUCACCCCCUUCCUGUAAAAGGAGUAAAUCCUGCAUCUAUAUAAAAUCUUGCGAGUCUUACUUCUUGUAUGAUAGGAUUUUAUGUUUUAAGACCUUGAUAGCAGAUAUGUUUGAAUCUCUUGAAAUUUCCGUACAAGUAUUAGAAAAAAGAUCACCUAGUUUUUAGUUUCAGCAAUAUAAAUAAAUGCAUAAUGUACUUAUAGUUUUAGAUUACAAAAGCAAAAAAAAAAAUUGUAGCUAAUAUCAGAGUUACAGAAUUUAACCUUGUAUCAUGCAGGAAUAAAGCCUCAAUAUUAUCACAUUGUAUGCCUUUACACAGGGCAAUGCUGAAUAAUACUGUAGGACUUAGAAAGAUGACUUUAAUGGCAUUUAUUACAUGAAAGUUGUAGUAGUUUUUGUAGUUUAUUGAAUUUAUGUGAAAAUAAUACAACGAUGUAUGCAAAGUAAAAAAUUCAUGGCAUUUUAUAAGAUGUUCAUUUUUAUAAUUGUCAUUAUUGCUUCUGCUUUGUUACAGGAUAAUUUUUAUAAAAAAAUCUGAACAAUCUGUGAUUUUAGCCUGAACUGAUUGUAUAUAUAAAUUAAAUUGUAAGAACAGAUGAGUAGUAAGACAUGUGUGAAAGAAUGAGAUCCACAUACAAGUUUAUGCAAGAGUGACAGUUGGAUCAAUUGUGUCAUAACUGGAGUUGUUUGCUCAUCAUUAUGGUCAGUGUUUGCUCUUGAUUCUUGCACAGAUUUUGUUAUUAUUUUUGAGAUUGUCUUCCUGCGUGUAUGAAAACAUGGUAUCAACUAUCUUGUUUCUUGCUGGCACUUUCUGUUCACUUAGUGAGUUUAGACAAAUUUAAAACAUUGAGUUUUUUACAGGAAUAAGUAAGUCUGUUCUAUCAUUAAGGGUUUUUACUAAAAAAGUAGGUGUAAAUAAAAUCCAAACUUUCUUGUAAAAUUUAGGUGUUUUGCUUUUGGGUUUUGGUUUGGUGAAGAGACAUUUUUCCUUAAUCAUUUAAUUCAAUUUUUACAUUUUGGUUUGAAUCUUCUCAUUAAAACAUUUUUAAAAGCUUGACUCAAGGUGGCAUCUUGCACCAAAAUGUUCCAAUUUUUUAUUUAUUUAACCUUCCAAUGGCAGGUUUAUGUUUCCUCUGUAAGUUGAGGCUUGAUUCCUUCAACUAUUCAUUACUAUGUCAUUUUUGUUUUAUCAUGUUCUUUAUUUUAUAAUUCAGGUUUUGUAAAAAAAAAAAUACAAAAACUAGUCCAGAAGCCGAUAUAUCCUAUUUCAUUCUAUUUAAGUAUUUUUACACAUUAUGUUUUAUUAAAAUUAAUAUCACAGCAAAAAGCUAAAAUAUGUUAUUAAGUUUUAUGCAGUGAAAUGGAAUUCACAUGAAAAAAAGCACUAUUGAAUUAGUAAAAGGAUUCAACUAAAGUUAUAACAAGAAAUUUUUUUUAGCAUAUCAUUAGAACAAUGGCUAGCAUAUUUUAUUUUAUUAAUGUGAUUUAAAUUAAGUAGCCGUGAGGUAUAGAAGGAAUUAUAUCAGGGUUGAUGUUUUUGUGUUGUUUACCUUUUUAUAAUAUAAUAUUGCACUCUUCUUGUUGGAUAUCUUAUCUCUUUAACUGUAACCAUCUAUGUUAUGCAGCACUAUGAAUUUUAGCUUUAGCAUGAUAUAGAAAGUUUUGAAAGUAAUUUUUGUGUCGAAGAAUAUUAGUAGAGUAUAUAAAAUUGUGGUGGAGACAACUCAAGUUGUAUUCAAGUGGUAGUUUUGUCUUGAGGUGAUGGGACCCUCCUCACGCAGGCUGACAGUGAAUCUGUCAAUAAAUAUACAUAAGAGUUAGAUAGUUGCAGUUCUCAAUGAUUUUCCUAGUUUAUUAGUCUCAACUUUCAUAACUAAUAUAAUUUUAAUUCCCAUUAAGAUUUCCAUUUGUCCAAGAAUUUAACACUUUGCUUCUUAUAGCUUUGCUUACAUGUAACUGUUAAUAAUCACUAUUUUGAUUGACCAAAACUACAGCAAAGCUUAGAAGUAAGUGAAAAGAUAUGAACCUGCUCAUGACAUUGAUUGAUUCACCGGUUUGGUCUCAGCCUUCACUUUGUCUGACAUAAAAAUUGAACUGAUGAAAUGAUAUGUAGUGUGAUGUGUUAGUGGGCAAAGCCUCGUAGCAAGGGCUGCUGCUGUCUAUAGCCUGAUGUUCAAAGACCCACACUGUUUUUUUUAAAGGGUAGAAGACGUCUUUUCUAAACCACAGAUGUCUUUGAAGUUCAGAUGAAGAAUUAUAAUUAAAUGUUUGAGCUAUUUGUUAAACUGUACGUCAUUUAGAAUGUGUUUUUUGUGAAUCAUUUUAUAAUAUAAAAACAAAAUGACUACAAGUAUUUAUCUUGUUCAACUUCUGGUAUUGGUAUAUUUAUGAACUGUUACUUGUCCGCUUCUUUAAAUUGAUACUAGUUUUAAAAAAUAAUUUAUAAUACAUUUUUAUUUAUUCAUUGGUAUAUUUGUUCUGGAUGACGGACCCAUUAUUUCUUUUGUACCUAAAUUAGAGAAUAACAGUGUUAAUCAUAAAGUGCUAAAUGGACACCAUUUUUCUCAGCGAAGCCUAAUGAUGUUGUCACACUUAAACCACAGCUUAUUUUCUAACUCAGCACACUAAAACUAUUUAAAAAAAAAAAUGUUUAAUGGAUACAUUAAGUGUAAAAUCUGUUGGCAAUUAGAUUGCAGGUUAUUUUUUUUUGCUCCUGUACCCCAAGUUCCUGUGUUUCAAAAAGUUUUUCUGGAAAAUAUUUGUAAAGACUAUCGACUGAUAUCAAUAUAUUGUUUUUUUUUUGUUGGUGAAAAAAUGAAAUCAAAAUAUUAGUGUUGUUUCAUUUAAUAAGCUUGUUGUCAAAUAUGUCUUUAAUGCACAUCUUAGCAAUAAUAGUUAUUGCAUUUAAAGUAUUUUUGAAUAUAUCUAUUUGAAGUAUCAAUUUAAUCCAAAUAUUUUUUUGGUUAAAAGUUCAAUAUAACAAUGACAGUGUAUUGAAUUCACAUCUACACUAAUUGUAAGUUAACUUACACAAUUAAUGGAUAAUUUUCUAUUUUUCUCAAUGAAGCUCACAGUUUACUUAAUAACUUACAUACAAGCAAUACAUUUUUAAAGUUAGCUUAUGCUCUGUUUAUUUUCUGUACAGCAUUCAGUUGCUGAUUGUUACACAAAGGCACUCUCAUAUUUUUCUGUUGGAAGUAGGGUUUUAACAUCUCAUACUUAUGUUAUUAUUUUGUACCACCUCACUUCUCAAUUUGACUUCAUGUUGUUGAGCCGCACUUAAUUACUGUGGUAAUAAUUACGUAAUAUUUAAUUAAUAUUUUUUCUUAUAAAACUAAAAUUGAUUAUACAAUGCUAGACUAUUAACAAAUCUGUUGAUUUUCAUUUGUCUUAAGUGAAUGAGAACUUAUUCUGUUGAUUAGAAUGAUUCUGAUUUUGUUCAAUUACCAAGAUUAUGUAUAUUUUAUAAACUACAUUACUGUUCAAAUGCAGUUAUACUGCUAGUCAUGAAGUAUAAAUAUUGACUUGACUAACUAUAACUGUAUCUUUGUUGGCAUGUAUAAUUUUUUAUUUUUCAAUAAAGUGAAUCAUGAAUUGAGAAAACUGGAUGAGUUCUC